AUGUCUGUGUCCAAGAUUUCUGGAUUGAUCCUCGGAUCGGCAGCUUUGGUAGCUGGCCACGGCUACGUGAGCGGAGCUGUUGUUGAUGGCACUUACUACGGUGGAUACAUUGUCACCGAGUACCCAUACGAGAGUGAUCCUCCUGAGAUCAUUGCCUGGUCUGAGCAAGAGACAGAUCUGGGUUACAUCGAUGGUACAGAGUACAACAACUCCAACAUCAUCUGUCACAAGGACGGCCUGCCCGGUGCUUUAGAGGCACCCGUCACGGCCGGUGGCUCUGUCGAGUUGCAGUGGACUGCUUGGCCCUCCAGUCACCAUGGUCCCGUCAUUACCUACCUGGCUAACUGUAACGGCGACUGUGCCGAUGUUGACAAGACUACUCUGGAAUUUUUCAAGAUCGACCAGGGUGGUCUGAUCAGCGACACCACCGAGCCUGGCACCUGGGCGACAGACAACCUCAUUGCCAAUAACAACAGCCGAACUGUCACCAUUCCUAAUGACAUUGCUGAUGGAAACUACGUUCUCCGUCACGAAAUCAUUGCUCUGCAUUCUGCAGAGGAACUGGAUGGCGCUCAGAACUACCCUCAAUGCAUCAACUUGAAGGUUAGCGGCGGUGGUAGUGCCACUCCCUCUGGUACCCUGGGUACUGCUCUGUACAAGGACACCGACCCAGGUAUCUUGAUCAACAUCUACACCUCCCUGAGCACCUAUGACAUUCCCGGCCCAACUCUUUACACUGCAGGUGCCGCCGCUGCCACCGGAUCUAGCAGCACCACCAGCAGCCCAGCUACAGCCGCCGCUUCUGCUACCAGCACUGCCAGCCCCGAAGUCACCAGCAGUGCCUCAAGCGUGACAUCUGUUGUCGAAUCGUCUUCUUCCGUCAGUGCCACCCCCUUCCGGAGCCCCUCACCUAUCCCGCCAUUCUCCAACUCCAGCGCUAGUGGAUGGCGUCCCUCUUUCAGCCGCCGCCCUAUCUCUUCCAGCACUGUCUCUACCCCAGCUGCUCAAUACACUGUGCCCGGUGGCUACGAGCACCACCAGUCUGGUUCUCCUACUAUGACACCUGUUCUUGUCACAAAGACAGAGACCAGCACUUACUGGGUCACUGACGUGGUAACUCUUACUGACAAGUCUGUUGUACAGACCACCAGCGCUGUCGUCGUCGCCGUGACUACCACCAUCACCGAAGGAAGUGCCCCAGUCCAGACCUCUUCCCCUAGCACCGGCUCUUCCAGCUCAGACUCUGGUUCAGGCUCAAGCUCGGGCUCUUCAUCAAGCUCGAGCUCCAGCUCUGGUUCUAGCUCAAGCUCCUCCUCCUCCUCUGGUUCCGACUCUUCGGGCUCCGGUUCCUCUACCACAACCUCUGCAUCAAGCACUACAACUACAUCUGCCGAGGCAUCAGACUACAACUCCAGUGACUGGUUAUCCUACCUUAGCUCUCUGAGCGCAGAGGAGGUUCUCAACCUAUUGCACCAGACCUUCAAGUGGCUGGUGAAUGACGAUAAGGUGCACGCUCGCGAUCUGUCGAAUUAG